AUGGUUCAGAACAAGGGCGUCAUCUUCAAGAAGGUCCCAGAGGGAUGGCCAAAGCCAGGCCAGGACCUCGCUGUUGAGGCCCGCGACAUCGACCUCGACCAGAAGCUCCCCGAGGGCGCUCUUCUCGUCAAGAACUUCUACGCCUCCUUCGACCCCUACCAGCGUGGCCGCAUGCGUGCACCCGACGUCAAGUCCUACUCCCCUCCCUUCGAGCUAGGCAAGCCCAUCACCAACCGCUCCAUCUUCAAGGUCGUCAAGUCCGCCAGCGACAAGUUCAAGGAGGGUCAAACUCUCAUCACCAUGGGCAUCAGCCCCAUUGAGGAGUACUCCAUCCUCGACAAGGACGCCGUCGCCAACUGCAUCGAGCUUAAGAACCCCUACAACCUGGACCCCAAGUACUUCCUCGGCCCCCUCGGUAUGCCCGGUCUAACAGCCUGGUCCUCCUUCUACGAGAUCGGCCAACCCAAGAAGGGCGAAACAAUCUUCAUUUCCGCCGCUUCAGGCGCCGUCGGCCAGCUCGUCGGCCAACUCGCCAAGCACGAAGGCCUCACCGUCAUCGGCUCCGUCGGCGACGACAAGAAGCUCGACUUCAUCACCAAGGAGCUCAACUUCGACUCGGGCUUCAACUACAAGACCGAGAAGCCAGCCGAUGCCCUCGCCCGCCUCGCCCCCAACGGCAUCGACAUCUACUACGAGAACGUCGGCGGCGAGCAACUCGAAGCCGCCAUCAACGCCAUGAACAACUUCGGUCGCAUCGUCGCCUGCGGCAUGAUCUCCCAGUACAACGCUAAGCCCGGCGAGCAGUACCCCAUCCGCAACCUCAUGAACGUUGUUGCCAAGCGCCUUACUAUCCGCGGUUUCAUUGUUGGUGACGAGAACAUGGGUCCUAAGCAUGCGAAGGAGCACCAGGAGAAGCUGCAGAAGUGGUUGUCUGAGGGCACUUUCAAGGCGAAGAUUAGUGUUACUGAGGGUAUUGAUAAUGCGGUUGACGGCUUUAUUGGUAUGCUUGAGGGAAAGAACUUUGGUAAGGCGGUUUUGCAGAUUGCGGAUUUGAGCAAGGAGUAG